AUGGAACUCAUCUGGUUAUACACAUCCCUCUCUCUCCUGCUUCUCUUUCUAGCUUUCAAGUUCUUGUUGGAAAAAAGCCGGAACCUCCCACCGAGACCAGUACCGACGCUUCCGGUUAUAGGUCAUCUCCACCUCCUGAAACAACCACUUCACAGAACCCUCCACAAGCUUUCCGAGAAAGCUGGCCCAAUCAUAUCUCUCCGAUUCGGGAACCGAUUGGUUGUUGUUGUGUCUUCGUCGUCGGCGGCGGAGGAGUGUUUCACCAAGAACGACAUUGUUCUCGCCAACCGCCCUCGUUUCACAAUCGGCAAGUACAUAGGCUACAACUACAGCACCAUUGGUGGAUCCUCCUACGGCGACCACUGGCGCAAUCUCCGGCGACUUGGCACACUCGAAAUUUUCUCCGCCAGUCGUCUCAACAUGUUCUUAUCAACUCGACAAGAUGAAAUCAAGCGAUUACUGUGCUAUCUUCGUCAAAAUUCAGUCAAUGGGGGUUUCGCAAAGGUUGAUUUGAGGUCAAAAUUAUCGGAGCUUUCAUUCAAUGUGAUUAUGAGGAUGAUUUCAGGAAAGCGAUAUGGAGAAGACGAGGGCAAUGAGGAGGCGAAGCAUUUUCGGGGGCUCACAGCGGAGGUAUUCCGGUGCGCUGGCAUGUCGAAUCUGGGAGAUUACUUGCCAGUUUUACGGUGGAUUGAUUACAAGGGUUUUGAGAAGAAUUUAGCGAACCUUGGUGAGAAAAUGGACGUGUUUUUACAGGGUUUAAUUGAUGAGAACAGGCAUGAUAUUAAUAGUAGAAAUUCCAUGAUCAGUCAUUUGCUUUCUCUGCAACAAUCACAACCAGACUACUACACGGAUGAACUCAUCAAAGGGGUUAUGCUGGUAUGUGUACUUCCCUACAUAGCCCUUUG